AUGAAACGAAUCAUGGGCAACUCCUGGCUGGGGAUAACUUUCGGACCUUCUGGCGGACACACGAACCAAUACCCUCCGAAUGAGCCGCAAUUUUGGGACGAUGGAGAGCAAAUUACUUUUACAAAUUGGCGGGAUGGAAAUCCACAGGCCGAUCAGAACAAGCUCUGUGCGCAAAUCAAAGGAGAUGGUCUCGAUGAUGGUCUGUGGAAAAACUGCCCCUGUGGGGAGGAUAAUCAAGGGUUGAAAAAGUAUCCGAUUUGUAUGAGACCAGCUGUUACUGUUUCAACGACAAAGGACCCAAGCACGAUUCCAACUGCAAGUCCUCACGAAGAAUGCGACUACGGCUGGCACUUCAUCCCGAGCUCCCAAAAAUGCGUCCUGCUGAUGCGAGAUGAGAAGCCGUGGAAAACUGCUCUUGGCGUUUGCGAAGGAGAAGGAGGAACCCUGGCUUCAAUCAAUUCUCCGGAUGAGCAAGAAGAGGUCUUUCAAAUUGCUUCUCUCGAUCCUGCUGCAUCAGAGACAUUUUCGACCGGAAAUACGAAAAAUGAAGCGACAAGGGUUCUUUUGGACGUCUUUUACACGACAACUUUUCUCAUCGGAAUCAUUGGCAACCUCUUCGUUUUGCUCCUAAAUAGCCUUGGAAACGACCGUAUCGCUGCAAAUCCUUCUACCAAAGGCAUAAUCUCCCUGGCCGUUGCGAAUUUAUUCCACCUGUUCUCGAUACCAUUUCUUCUCAUUCCAAAACAGAAGCAGCUUCCAAUCGGCGUAAUUGGCUGCAAAAUCCUCCGAAGCAACGAUUACAUCUCCUUCCUCGCCUCAACCCUCAUCCUGGCCCUUCUUUCACUGGACAGAUUUGGGCUCAUCUGCUUUGCGCAGAAUUCGACCAUCAAUCGCGUUCUCCGUAUUUCGUGGCGCAAGUGCUUAGCUUGCUUCUUGCUGGCGACGCUUUUUGCCCUACCGAUGAUAAUCUUUUCUCAAUACGAUUCGGUCACUAAGGAUUGUGUCGUCCGCUUUCCAGAUUUGAAUUCGAACUCAAAGUCGGACUCAAAUAUGUACAAACGAUAUUACAUUUCAAUAUUCCUCGGCGGCUUUGUUUCGCCCUUUACAGUGAUCAUGUUUUGCUACUCUAGAAUCAUCUACUUCAUCAGAAGACAGGAAGCGUACAUGCAGAAUAUUUCAAAAAAUGGAAAAGGCAAGACAAUUCGAGUGAUGUAUUUGGUGGGAGUGACUGUUGUGACGUUUGUGAUUUGCUGGACUCCGCUUCACAUUUAUAACUUGAUGAAAUUGACCGAGAAUAAGUUUAUGAGCGAAAGAAGCUGCGUCCUUCUCGGGCGAUUGACUUAUGUCAAGGAUAACAAUGAAGAUAUAUUUAAUAAAAAGACAUUAAAAUUGAGCCUCAUUUUCCUCAACGACGCUCUCAAUCCUAUCAUUUAUUCCUUCAUCAGCUCACAGUCACGCUCACGAGCAAAACUCAUCAUUCAAAAAUCUGCUUUGAAUCAGAAAAAGUUCUUUGGAUUGAAAAAUUUCUUCCGAAAAGGCUCCGGAAAAUCGCCAAAUACGAGUCUUUUGAAGUACAGUAAGACACAUGAAGACGAAAGAUGUUUGGCAAUAACAUCGCCUCAAAUGUAG